AUGGCCCAGCAGAAGUGAAGGUCAACAUCUACAUCAGAAGUAUCAGCAAAAUUGAUGACGUCGUAAUGGAAUACAGUGUCCAGAUGACAUUUCGCGAAAGUUGGAGGGACGAAAGGUUGAUGUUCGACGACAUGGAAGGUCAAAUGACCUAUUUGACAUUGACGGACCCCGAUAAAAUCUGGAAACCGGACCUGUUUUUCGCCAACGAGAAAGAAGGCCACUUUCAUAAAAUCAUUAUGCCUAACGUCUUACUCCGGAUUUAUCCUAAUGGAAAAGUCCUCUACAGUAUAAGGAUAUCUUUGGUAUUGGCCUGUCCUAUGGACCUCAAAUACUAUCCCUUGGAUAAGCAGACCUGUUCUAUAGUUAUGGCCAGCUAUGGAUAUACCACAGAAGAUCUUACGUUUGAAUGGAAAGAAGGAGAUCCUGUCCAGGUCUCGAAAAACAUUCACCUUCCUCGCUUUACUCUGGAAAAAUACCUAACUGAUUACUGUACCAGUAAAACUAACACAGGUGAAUAUAGUUGCUUGAAGGUGGAUUUAGUUUUCAAAAGACAAUUCAGCUAUUACCUGAUCCAGAUAUACAUUCCUUGCUGUAUGCUGGUCAUUGUAUCGUGGGUUUCCUUUUGGUUAGACCAAAAUGCAAUCCCAGCUCGUGUUUCCCUCGGAGUCACCACUCUGCUCACUAUGGCGACACAAACUUCUGGUAUCAAUGCAUCACUUCCUCCUGUCUCCUACACCAAAGCUAUUGAUGUGUGGACCGGUGUAUGUCUCACCUUUGUAUUUGGUGCCCUUCUGGAGUUCGCCCUUGUGAACUACGCUUCCAGGAGUCAGCUUCGCCAGGCCCCCAAAGCUCAGCGAAAGUGGGAUGUUGAACAUUCUAUUGGACUGGAGCCUGAUCAUCUCGAGGAUGGAGCCACUACUUUUGCCAUGAAGCCAUUAGUACAUCAUCGUGGCGGUGUUCACAAUGAAAAACUACGUCACUGUGAGGUUCACAUGCAGACGUCUAAAAGCAUCAACCCAUUAAAGGAUUGGCUCAACAAAUUUCCAACUCGCUCAAAGCGAAUUGACGUCAUGUCCCGGAUCUUAUUUCCUUUGAUGUUCGCACUUUUCAAUCUAGUGUACUGGUCUACUUAUCUUCUGCGCCAUGAAGAAAUGUAAGAAACUUGAUUGACGUCAUGUCCCGGAUCUUAUUUCCGUUGAUGUUAGUACUCUUCAAUCUAGUGUACUGAU